CUAAAGACCUCGUCCCCAAAGAUAUUGCAGGAAGAUCUUUUAGCCCUGGAAAAAUCUCUUCCUUCUUUCCUUUUUUUGGCAUCUAUUUUUGGUGGGGGGAAGCUGUCUAGGGUUUUGUCUCAUUACCUCUCUCGCAAUCUUGUUUUCGAGGAGAAAAGCAAAAGAUUAAAGUUGUUGAGACGGAAGAAGAAGCGGAGACGGAGACGGAGAGGAGAGGAGUGGUAAUGGCGGGGAACGAGUGGAUCAAUGGCUACUUGGAGGCGAUACUGGAUGCGGGACGCUACGACGCGAAGAGAAGGGGCGGUGGGAAGAUUGGCGGCGGCGGCGGCAGAGGUGUCGCUAAGGAGAUUGAUGGCAAUGAGAGGGAGGGAGGCUUGUUUAGCCCCACCAGGUACUUUGUGGAAGAGGUUGUCAAUAGCUUCGAUGAGUCUGAUCUUCACAAGACAUGGAUCAAGGUGAUAGCAACAAGGAAUACUCGUGAGCGCAAUAACAGGCUCGAGAAUAUGUGCUGGCGGAUUUGGCAUCUCGCCCGCAAAAAGAAGCAGAUAGCGUGGGACGACACACAGAGGCUGGCGAAGCGGCGCCUCGAGCGCGAGCAGGGCCGCAACGACGCGGCGGAUGAUCUCUCCGAGCUUUCGGAAGGAGAGAAGGAGAAAGGCGACGGCAACAACAGUCCCGAGCCAGCCAAAGACAAGAUUGGCAGGAUCAACUCUGAUUUGCAAGCAUGGUCCGACUAUGAGAAGGCGCGGCAACUCUACAUCGUCUUGAUAAGUAUGCAUGGGCUGGUGCGCGGAGAGAAUAUGGAACUCGGACGGGACUCCGACACCGGCGGCCAGGUGAAGUAUGUCGUCGAACUUGCUCGAGCUCUGGCGAGCACUAAAGGAGUGUACCGUGUCGAUCUGCUUACCCGGCAAAUCACCUCGCAUGACGUGGACUUGAGCUACGGUGAGCCCAUUGAGAUGCUGUCUUGUCCCACUGAUGCCGGUGGCGGCUGCGGUGCCUACAUUAUCCGCAUCCCUUGCGGGCCUUCUAAUGAAUACAUUCCAAAGGAGUCACUUUGGCCUCAUAUACCCGAAUUUGUGGAUGGAGCACUAAACCACAUCGUCAAUAUGGCGAGAGCUCUCGGCGAAGAGGUUGAUGGUAAGCCGAUUUGGCCUUACGUGAUACACGGCCAUUAUGCCGAUGCAGGGGAGGUGGCAGCACUCCUGUCUGGUGUCCUGAACGUGCCGAUGGUCCUGACCGGGCACUCGCUCGGCAGGAACAAGUUUGAGCAGUUGCUCAAGCAAGGAAGGCUUUCUAGGGAGGACAUAAACACGACCUACAAAAUCAUGAGAAGAAUCGAGGCGGAGGAGCUGGGUUUGGAUGCCGCCGAGAUGGUGGUAACGAGCACGAGGCAAGAGAUCGAAGAGCAAUGGGGCUUGUACGACGGGUUUGAUCUCAAGUUGGAGAGGAAGCUCCGGGUUAGGCGACGGCGUGGGGUGAGUUGCUACGGACGGUACAUGCCGAGGAUGGUGGUCAUACCUCCAGGAAUGGACUUCAGCAAUGUGAAAGUAGAAGAUUCAACUGAAAGCGAGAGCGACCUCAAAUCCUUGAUGGGUUCAGACAGAUCUCCUAACAAGAGACAUUUACCGCGCAUAUGGUCCGAGGUGAUGAGAUUUUUCACGAAUCCUCAUAAGCCGAUGAUACUGGCAUUGUCCCGUCCCGACCCCAAGAAAAACGUUACGACCUUGCUGAAGGCUUUCGGGGAGUGCCAACACCUUCGAGAACUAGCCAACCUGACAUUGAUUCUUGGUAACAGAGAUGACAUUGAGGAGAUGCCAGAAGGUAGCUCAGUCGUGCUCACGACUGUACUCAAGCUGAUCGACAAGUAUGAUUUGUACGGUCAGGUGGCGUACCCGAAGCACCACAAGCAAAGUGAUGUUCCUGAAAUUUAUAGGCUGGCUGCUAAAACAAAGGGAGUUUUCAUCAAUCCGGCACUCGUGGAGCCAUUCGGUCUCACACUAAUUGAGGCGGCUGCGUAUGGAUUGCCUAUCGUAGCAACCAGGAAUGGAGGGCCUGUAGACAUCUUGAAGGCACUAAACAACGGGCUCCUCAUUGACCCUCAUGAUCAGAAAGCCAUAGCAGACGCCCUUCUGAAGCUCGUGGCGAACAAAAACCUAUGGGCAGAAUGCCGGAAAAACGGCUUAAGGAACAUACAUUGCUUCUCAUGGACCGAGCAUUGCCAUUACUAUCUCUCCCAAGUUGAUCACUGCCGGAAUCGCCAUCCCACUUCCCGUUUCCAAAUUAUGCCGAUCCCGGAAGAACCAAUGAGCGAGUCACUCAGAGACGUCGAGGACCUAUCUUUGAGGUUUUCCAUAGACGGCGAACUCAAGGCAAAUGGAGAGCUCGAUCUUGCAACCCGACAGAAGGAACUCAUUGAAGCUCUUACAAGAAAAGUUCACCCAAAUGGCGGUUCUCCUUCCAUUAGUCUACCAAGCAGAAGACAGAAAAUAUUUGUGAUAGCCCACGACCCUUAUGACAGCGGUGGCUUGCUCACCAAUAUCUUUACGGUGACAAUCAAGAACAUUAUGAAGGUCGCACGAGGCAACUCGGGUUUGAGCAGAGUGGGUUUCGUGCUUCUCACCGGUGCAACCUUGCAAGAGAUGCUGAACGCGCUUAAAGGCAGUGAUAUAAAAGUAGAAGAGUUCGAGGCAUUAUCCUGCAACAGCGGAAGCUCGAUAUACUAUCCAGGGAGAGAUUUGAUAGCCGAUGUGGACUACGAAGGCCAUUUGGAGUACCGGUGGCCCGGCGACAAUGUUCGCUCGAUGGUCCUGAGGCUUGCCAAGGCGGAGGACAGCGCCGAGGACGAUAUUGUGGAGCUUAAAGCCGGAUGCAACUCGAGAUGCAUCGCAUUCAGCAUUAAACCAGGAGGAAAGGUUCGAAGGAUCGACGACGUUAGGCAAGGGCUGAGAAUGCGAGGUUUUCGUUGCAACAUCGUCUAUUCAUGUGCAGGAUCGAGGUUGAACGUGAUGCCUCUGUUUGCAUCAAGAAUACAAGCACUAAGGUAUCUUUCAAUCAGGUGGGGAAUCGAUUUUGCAGACUCGGUCGUAUUCGUGGGAGAUAAAGGAGACACAGACUACGAGCAACUGUUGGGCGGCCUCCACAACACUAUCGUACUGAACGGCACGGUGGAAUGUGGCAGCGAGAAGCUUCUUCGCAGCGAAGAGAACUUCAAGAGGGUCGACGUGGUCGCUCUCAAUAGCCCCAGGAUGAGGAUUCUAGAGAAUGGUUCCGACGAGGAGGACAUUUCGAGGGCCUUAGAAAGCUUGCGGAUGAAGUAAUCCACAGUGGCAUUGAGGUCCUGUCGCCUUCAGAAACUUUGAAAUACCUUAGUGAAUACGAUAUACCAGUUACAAUGAAAACGAAAAGCAGAGACACGUGAUUAUGUGACCU